CGCGCCCCGCCGCCGCCGCGUCCCGCCAUGGAGCCGCCGGCUCUGCGCGCCCUGCUCCUCGGCGCCGCCGGGCUGCUGCUCCUGCUCCUGCCCCUCUCCUCUUCCUCCUCUUCGGAAGCCUGCGGGCCCUGCGAGCCGGCCGCCUGCCCGCCCCUGCCCCCGCGGGGCUGCCCGCUGGGCGAGACCCGCGACGCGUGCGGCUGCUGCCCGGUGUGCGCCCGCGGCGAGGGCGAGCCGUGCGGGGGCGGCGGCGCCGGCAGGGGGCACUGCGCGCCGGGCAUGGAGUGCGUGAAGAGCCGCAAGAGGCGGAAGGGUAAAGUGGGGGCAGCAGCCGGCGGCCCGGCGGUGAGCGGCGUGUGCGUGUGCAAGACCCGCUACCCCGUGUGCGGCAGCGACGGCACCACCUACCCCAGCGGCUGCCAGCUGCGCGCCGCCAGCCUGCGCGCCGAGAGCCGCGGAGAGGAGGCCAUCACCCAGGUCAGCAAGGGCACCUGCGAGCAAGGUCCCUCCAUUGUGACACCGCCCAAGGACAUCUGGAACGUCACAGGUGCCCAGGUGUACUUGAGCUGCGAGGUCAUCGGGAUCCCGACCCCCGUGCUCAUCUGGAACAAGGUGAAGAGGGGUCAAUAUGGAGUUCAGAGGACUGAGCUCCUGCCCGGCGACAGGGACAACCUGGCCAUUCAAACACGGGGAGGCCCGGAGAAGCAUGAAGUGACUGGCUGGGUGCUGGUGUCUCCACUGAGCAAGGAGGACGCGGGAGAGUACGAGUGCCACGCGUCCAACUCCCAGGGGCAGGCGUCAGCAUCCGCCAAAAUCACCGUGGUGGACACCCUGCACGAGAUACCAGCAAAGAAAGGUGAGGGUGCGGAGCUGUGAGCGCAGCACGAACUGACCUGCCCAGCCCCAACCGGUCCCGGGGCACUGCAGCUUCUGCCCCUGGCUAAUCCCACGUCUCCUCUCCUGCUGCCCACUAAUCCUUUGCUUUUAUUCACUGGUUUUGCAAAGAAGCCCAAUCUAAAAACACACAUUGAGAUUUUCUACAAAACUUUAUUUGACUAUUUACAGAAAAACAGCAUGCAUAUCAUUAAACCAAAUAAAAUGCUUUCAUU